AUGGCUCAGCGAUUCCUCGUCUUUGCGCUCAGUUCCCUUGUUUUUGGGAGGGCCCGGGCCGUUGAGGCGCCUCAGCUUCAGGCACGUGAGAGUGUCUGGAAGGACUCGGACGCGGAGAACGCCGAGCGCUGCCCAGGGGUCUCCUUGCUGCAGUCCUCUGCCAAGCGACCCGGUCACGCUGAUCGCCGAGAGCACAGAGAGGAGGUUGGAAAGAUCCCGGAAGCCAUCCCUUUUGCUUCUUUGGUCGAGAGCUCCGCGCCGUCACAUCCGGUGAUGCUGAACCAAAUCAAGCAGGUGGUGGAGCUGGCCCAAACUCGAGUGCAGACCAAGGUGGGCGAGGCUCCUUACUUCAUCAUCGCAGUCGCGAUCGGAGGCUUCCUCCUCUCCUUGCUCUCCAUCUGCAUGAGUUUAGUCUUCGUGGAGCGAGGUCUUUCCAAGGAUGGAGACGUCUACGCGGAGCCGUCUGCAUCUGCCACUGGCCUCGGAGUGUCGGGUGGAAAGCAACAGGGAAAAGCCCUGGAAGCGACUGAGGCCCUCCUCUCGCAGCGCCUGCGCGUUUGGAGCCAAGAGCAGCGGCUUGCCUUGGGCUUGGGAGACGCCCGCAGCUACCGCGCCAGCGCGCGGGCUGAGAGGCAGCGUCGCCUGCAGAUCGUCGUUCCGCAGCCUCUUGAAGGCUUGAACUUGUCAGAGGACGAUCUAGUGGUCAACAACUUCGGUGACCUGCGGGUGGGCAGCCUGGACAGCACCGAGCAAUUGUUCCUUCGCGAGCUUUGUCCCGAGGCCUACGAUCUCGGCUUCCGGGUCGGGGACCGGCUCUUGCAGGUGAACCAGGUGCCAGUCUUCCGAGAAUCCGACUUCAAGUUCGUGAUGCAGGCGCGCGGCCAAGACGGCCUACAGGCCUUAGCGCCCUUAAGAGAGCCGUUGAGACUCUCCGCGGCGGGCCCCGUGAUCACCAGGCCCUUGGUCUUCCACCUCCUCCGCCCGGGCGCGGAGGAGACGGCCCCUCCGGACCGCAGAGCGCACCCCUCGCGUCGGAAGCCUCGGAGCGCUUUUGCGAGAGCGGCUUCCAUCCGCUCCUCGGCUCUCGAGGAUGAUCUCUACACCUACGAGAUUCGACAGGUCGGGAAAGACUUGGGCUUUGAACAAACCCUCCCCAACGGAGAGAAGAUCACUGGUCUUCUGAUUCCUGACGGGCUUUGGCUGAGGAGCGACUUGCAGAGCAAGGAUGGCUACUAUGGCGAAAUCCGUCUGCAAUACGAUCCUGAGGAGAAGGCAAGAGAGAUGACCGAGCGUGGGGACAGCCACAACCGCAGCCCCACCACUGACUUCGCGAGCCCGAGUGGAGACCAAGCAGGGCAAGCUCAGGCCUCACCGAAACGAGCCCGGGAAGACAUCGCUGCCGAGAACCUAGAGCUGGCCCCUUCAGGGGACCAGCCAUUGACCUUGGCACUUCUUCAGCAAGCCCUUCAAGUCUCCCAGCAGCAUAUUACAAGCACUGUUCAUGCAUCGUUGGAAGGGAGUUUGACGACGAUCAGCACCAGAGUCGCGCAAGUAGAAGCCAACAUGGAGGAACAUGUCAAAAGGACAACAAACCUGCUGGAUGCCAUGACAGACAGACAUUGCCAUAUAGAGGGGACAGUCAAGCAAUCUGCCGCAGCGGUUGAUGAUGUCCGACGCAGGCUUGAACUCUUGGAGGGGAAGUUCGCAGCAGCAUCAUUCACGGCCUCAAGCACCCGAACCACCGAUGGGGGGACCAGUGAUGGGGUCCAACGACCUGCUAUAGUAGCAGGGGGAUGGGACGCCGACCAAGAUGCCGAAACCACCCUCAAACUAGUCAGGGAGCACAUCGAGCGAUUGCAGGUCGAUCUUGACCUCAGUGAAGCCUUUGUCCCAGGACUGCGUCGAGGAUUCGCUAUUGUGCCAAUCAACCCUCGAGAGGGGGAAAACCAGGAGAGUUUUCGCAGCAGAAUCCGCACAGCACUCCGCCAAAUCCGCGAGGCCCGCAUCGUCACGGGGGACAGACCAGAAGGAGGGAACCGUUUCUUCUGGGCGGCGAUGAGCGAAAGUCCUGAGAGGCGCAAGCGUGCCCAGUUCUCUGGUAAAGUCAAGCGCCUCAUCCUGGAAAGCCAGGGGGACAGGCGCCUGGUGCAGGUGGAGUUCGGCACCGGCAACGUCUGGUACGAUGGGGCCAAGAUCUCCUCUGCAGUCACCACAGCCCCCCCCGGGGGGGAAAAAGCUGGAGUCGGAUGGAUCAACCUCCCGACCCUUGCACGACAGCUGGGGACUUCGCUGACGGGGCUCGCCGAUCGAUGGGAGGUCUUGGACACCGACCUCUAUGACAUGCAUGUUGUCACGUGGAAUGUGGGGGGGACUGACAGUGGUGAUCUGCAAUGCGUCUGUGGAAAGCAAGCUGACGAUUGGCGAGGCAUUUCAGGGAAGCUGACGACAACUUCGGGGCGCGGAGAACAAAUGCUGACUUCUCUCACUGCGGGGGACGUUCGCAUCCCCUCGCAACAACUGGAGCAAGCGUCCUUCUUUCCCUACAACACGACUAUGCGACCUCGGAGGCUGGACUAUGUGGCGACGAAGCACCUCCUUUGUCAAGAAGGGAGGGUCCUGUCUUUGCGAGAGCUAGCGAGCUCGGACCAUGAACCGGUUCAUGUGCCUCUACAGCAGCCAGCGCCGCCAGCACCGCCCUCCGAAGCCAAACCGUGGGGGAGUCGCCGACUACGCGAUUGGCAGCAGGUCGAAAAGAUCGUGGCCAUCCCACCACCAUCUUCGGGGGACAUGGUCCAAGAGAUCACGAACCUAGCUGUGCAAAUCACCCGACCUGGGCGAUCCCUUGCCAAGUUCAAAGAGAGCAAAAGCUUGCGGUGUCGUCGACAUCGCGCACUACAGAUGCCACCAGGGCCAGAGCGAAAGCGUGCAUGGAAAGAAGUCCAAAAAAGCCACCGCGAAGAACACCGAGCAUGGCGAGUCGAGCAACUUGAUCUGGCUGGCAAAGGAUGGUGGAGGGCGAAAGAGGCGAUGGAUCGAAGCACCCAUGACAGUUCAUGGGAAUUACAUCUCCGAUCAGAUGACCGCUGGCGAGAGACGCUCAAAAGCCACUUCGGGGGGAUUUUCAACAAAUCGGAUGCUGCGACCGUGGCCGGCAAGCUUCGACGAAUAAGUGACCGACUGGCUCGCUUAUGCAAGACGACAGCCUGGAUCCCCUUCACAGUCGAAGAGCUUCACGAAGUGCGAAAAAGAUGGUCUGGGGGGAAGGCCUGCGGGCCAGAUAGUGUUUCGCAUGAAGCACUACGAGUUCUCGAACACGACGACAGAUGGCGGGGGAUCUUGCUGUACGUCCUCAAUGACAUCCUCUAUACAGCCGCGGUUCCCAAAAAUGUCGAGAAGGGCAUUACAGUACUCCUCGCGAAAACGGGGAACCCAGCAGAAUGGAGCGAUACAAGGCCUAUCACACUCAGUUCCGCUCUCCUCAAGACCUUCUCCCAGCUGCUCAUAGGUCGAGUCUCCCACCUGGUCCAGCUAAUUCUUCGCAGAGUCUGCAGAGUGGCAAGGGACUGGGGAAUCCCCAUGUAUAUUGCGAAGCUUGAUAUACGAAAAUCCUUCGAUUCGAUAUAUCAGGAGGCCCUCGCAGAACAAAUCGAAGCCGAUGUGGGGAUUGCGGGGGACCACCCAUGGGAGGCGAGAGCGUGGACAAACCUCAUCCACGCCAACGAAAUCAACAUCUACUUCCGCGGAGAGGAGUUCAGAAUCCCGCAGACGAACGGGGUGAGGCAAGGAGCUUUCAUGGACGACAGCUACAUUUGGUCCACCCGAAAAGAACAUCUACAGGCCCUGCUCAGUCU